CUCCAAACCCUUUUUCGCUAUCUUCCAUUUACAGUUGUUUGAUAUAAUAUGAAUGAAUACUAUGGGAAUUCAAGAGCAAGUUCGAGUUCUGCAUCUAGUUUGAAUAGCAAUUCACAGCAGGGUACUGAGGAUGAUCAUGCCAUUGCUACUAUUUUAGCUGAAGAAGAAGAAAAUGCUAGAAAGUAUGGUGGCAAGCUUGGGAAGAGACUUUCUCAUUUGGAUUCAAUACCGCACACUCCACGGGUAAUUGGGGAGAUACCUGACCCAAAUGAUGCCACGCUAGACCACGGAAGACUCUCCAGCAGGUUGGCGACAUAUGGUCUAUUUGAAAUGCAAAUAGAAGGGGAUGGGAAUUGCCAGUUUCGAGCCCUUUCAGAUCAGUUGUAUCAUAAUCCAGAGUAUCAUAAGCAUGUAAGGAAGGAGGUUGUUAAACAGCUAAAGCAGUUUAGAAAGUUAUAUGAAGGUUAUGUACCCAUGAAAUACAAAAGGUACUUGAAGAAGAUGAAGAGGUUGGGAGAAUGGGGAGAUCAUGUCACUCUACAAGCAGCUGCUGAUAGAUUUGGGGUGAAAAUAUGUUUGGUGACCUCUUUCCGGGACAAUGGCUACAUUGAUAUCCUUCCCAAGGACAUACAACCUUCUAGGGAACUGUGGCUGAGUUUCUGGAGUGAAGUUCACUACAAUUCGUUAUACGAAAUUGGAGAAGCUCCAGUUAGAGUUCCCAGAAAGAAGCAUUGGCUUUUUUUCUAAGCCCAUUCACCAGCAAAAAUACUGCAUACUGUAAAUUGAUGACUACAGAGCAUGGCAUGCACAUAACAAAAUCAUACGUAUAAUAUUGUUUAUACUGCUCAGUUUGUAGAAGGAAGACAU